UACGCAGUAACCUACUCACCUUUGAAACAGAUUACAGAGAGAAUGAAGGGUAGGUAUCGUAUUUCAAAAUAGAAUGGUCGAUUUGUGGAUAGACCGUAAAAAAUAGGACUUGCACCAGCCGCCCCUCCCACACACGCCAAUCAAAACCCUUUUCAACAAAAGAGAGAGGACUUCACCGCUUCCCAAAAAAAAAAGCUCUCCUUCCAUAAUUUCUGACAUGGCGUUUCACUAGUGGACUGUACACUGGAUAUUCGAGAUAAAAUGUAGGUUUAAAUGGUGUGACGAGAGACAGACCUCGUUGCAACCUGAACGUGAGUAUGACAGAUAUGCGGAUAUAUUUGGUGCAUUGACAGUGGUGUCAUUUGCUCUGUAAAGUGCUUAUCGCCAGUUAUCGCAGGCGUCUUCUUUAAAGAAAACGAACCUUGACGUUGCAAAUGGCAACGCUAGCUUGCUAGCUUAGCUCGUAUUAGCUAGCUGGCGAUGAGUCGGAAACAGUGCUUUAGCUGGCAACAGUGACACUUGUUUGUGUCAUACAUAGCAUUGAUUGUGCGAAGUUUUAGCUAGGUGCAUUGCAUUCUUGUUUUUCCAUGGCAGAAUCUACGGACACCACAAUUGACUCCCAGUUAGUUAGAUAGCAUUGUAUCUACGCACACUAAAGCCGGAAGUCAAUAGUCAGAUUAAAAGAAAACAGGUAAAAAUACACUUUAUGGAACAACGGGGACUGUGAAGAGACACACACAAAGAUCUACCCAGCCAUUCAUGUAGUGUGGACGACAUCCUCACCACGGCUUUGACUACAGUAACUAGCCGCCAAAAACGAUAUCUCCCAGCAUACCCUGAAGUGAGUCCCUGUGGGUGUGCGUGGUCAUCCCCUCAGACUGGCAGAGCAGGCUGGCAUAGCGGCGCCGGGAGGGGGCCAGUGGGUGACAUUGUCCUCCAGCCGAAGUUGGGGAUCGAGGGGACAUCGAAGGAACAUCGAGAAGACAUCCGGAGGGUAUCGAGGGGACAUCCGGAGGGUGAAGGCUCUGCUUAGGCUCCUCUGGUGUGUGUGAGCCUCGGAGCAUGGUGAGAGGCUGCGCUGGUUGCCAUGGAGCUACAGGAUAAGAAGCAGGAGGAGGGAGUGGGGACCCUGGGCUUGUCCACUGGUCAGGCUCUGGGUAAACUGAGGGACCAGCUCACCACCCUGCUUGACCAGCACCAGAUCACAGGCCGUGGCAAACAACCCACUGCACAGGAGCAGUGGGUGAAGAGCUUCCUUCACCAUGGCAACCGCCACUCAUGUCUCCAUUGGCCGGGAGCCGCCCUCACGCUGCUGGUGGUGGUGGGACUUCUCUGUUGUUAUGGCGACCAGCCGCAGGGCAGUUCUGGGAUAGAGGUGGUGAAUGCUGCAACCCUUCUCAUGCUCUUCACACUGAGCUUCAUGCUGGUUUGUCGACAGCAGAGGCUGAGGAGAACUGAGAUGGUGCACCGGCUCAACAGCAUCAUCAAUCAGCUCAACGGCUACCUGUCGGGCUGGGCAGAUUUGGGUGAGGGGGUGAGGUGGUCUCCCUCCCUUUACCCUGACCUGUACACUCCCUCCUCCCCCUCCUGGUCGCUCCACUGGACCUACCGCGACUCCACGCUGGUCAACCUGCCUGUGUCCCUACUGGUGGAGGGAGAUGUCAUAGCUUUACGGCCAGGACAGGAGACGUUUGCUUCUCUCAGAGGCAUCAAGGAUGACGAUCACAUAGUUCUGGAGCCGGGUGACCUGUUCCCACCUCGCUCCCCCCCUCCCUCCCCCCGGGGGGACCAGAAGAGGGGUCCCCAGAGCCCCCAGCAGCACCGCCUCUUCAGGGUGGUCCGCACGCCCAUCCUCGACAGCGUCAGGAACAGUCUGGACCUGGCUCUGUCUCGACCAAUCACAGCCCUGGAUAACGAGAGGUUCACCGUUCAGUCCAGCAUGGCCAAGUUUGCCUGCCCUAUCGUACUGGUGGCGUUCUUAGUUGUGAAUACAGUGCGUUAUUUCUUUGACGCCCCCAGCCUCAGUCCUGGACGCUUCAACUUCAUCCAGCUGCAGCUGAUGGGAGUGCUGCCCAUCCUCCCCCUGCUGUUUCCUGUCAUGUGGGUGCUGGUCAACACCUAUGGAGAGGCUAGCGUCCUGGCUGAGUCCAGCAGAACUUCUCCUACUGGCCUGCUCGCUAAGUUCUCUGAGGACACUUUAAGCAGCUACACUGAAGUGGUGUCCUCCCAGGAGAUGCUGCGGUGUGUGUGGAGACACCUGGUGGACGUGCUGAGGGGAGAGUCCCAGACACUCUGCUACACCUCCAGCCUGCUACACACACUAGGCUCUGUCACUGUGUUGUGUUGUGUGGACAAACAGGGUGUGCUCUCCUGGCCUAACCCCAGUCCAGAGACAGUGCUGUUCUUUAGUGGUCGCGUGGAGCCGCCUCACAACGACAGUCAAGAAGACCUGCGAGACGACCUCUCAGACAACUCUUUCUGCCGCAUGGAGACCGACGAGGACCGGGACGAGACCCAGGAGGGGGAUGCUCUGCUGUGUAUGCCAAUAAUGGAUGGGAUGAGAGACGGGUAUGAGCCCAGCGAGACGUCACAUGACACCGGCCGUUCCGAGGACACAUUGCGGCCUCGGCGGCAGUCGCGGGAGACACGCACCAAACACCCCUCAGGAUCUAAUGUCAGCUUCAGCCACGGCACAGAUGGAGGGGAUCAGGGCCCUGAACAGGACAUGGUGGGUUGCUGUGACAACGAAGCGGAGGACUACGUGUGUGACUACCACCUGGAGAUGCUGAGUCUGUCUCAGGACCAACAGAACCCGGUGAGUAUCCAGUUUGACGAGCAGGGUUGGCAGUGCCACCUGCCCAGCCUCAAGCCCCUGGGCCUCAACAUCCUGCUCAACCUGUGCAACGCCAGCGUCACCCAGCAGCUCUGCCGCUUCUCCGACCACCUCAGUAACCUGGCGCUGCAGGAGAGCCACGGCGCCGUGCUGCCCGUCCACGUGCCCUGGGGACUGUGUGAGAUGGCCAGGCUUAUAGGGUUCACUCCUGGGGCGAGGGAGCUGUUUAAACAGGAGAGCCACCUAGCUCUGUACCAGCUGCCCUGUGGGGAGAAGGCCAAGGAGUCUGUCCCUCAACGCCUACACAACUUCACCAAGAGACAACCUCCCAUCAGCCACCUCAUCUCCCUCUUCAUCAGAGACUCCUCUUCCAAUAACGUCCAGAUGUUGUCUCACGGCUCUGCUGACCUCAUCCUGGAGGCCUGCACUGACGUCUGGGACGGAACCGACAUCUACCCCCUCUCUGGCUCCGACAGGAAGAAGGUUCUGGACUUCUACCAGCGGGCCUGUCUGUCAGGCUACUGCUCUGCUUUUGCCUAUAAGCCCAUGCAGGUGUGCCUGUCCAACCAGCUCCAUGGGAAAUGUGUGGAGCUAGCCCCCGGCCCCAACCUCUUCUCUGGGUUAGAACUGCCCCCCACCACCCCUAUCAAACACAUCUCCCGCAGGAACUCCUGGAGCUCCGAUGAGGGUAUAGGAGGUGUGGAGAAAGAUGACUGUGUUCAGGCUCUGAGCGGUCAGAUCUUCAUGGGGAUGGUGUCGUCACAGUUCCAGGCUCGUCUGGACACCGUCAGGCUCAUAGACGCUCUGGUCACCGCCUGCAUACGCUUUGUCUACUUCUCUAUGGAGGACGAGCUACGCAGCAAGGUGUUUGCAGAGAAGAUGGGCCUGGAGACGGGGUGGAACUGUCACAUCUCUCUGACCCCAAACAGAGACAGUCCCUGUGAUGGCGUCCCCAACAGCCCCGGCCAGUACUCCGUACAGGAUGACCAUCAAGACUCCAGAGAUGAGGCAGAGGGGCUGCUGUUACCAGAGGAGGAAACCACUGAUGUCCCCAGCUUCCUGGAGGACUGCAACAGGGCGAAGCUACCUCGUGGUAUCCACCAGGUUCGUCCCCACCUGAAGAACAUUGACAACGUGCCUCUGUUGGUGCCUCUCUUCACCGACUGUACCCCAGAGACCAUGUGUGAGAUGAUCAAGAUCAUGCAGGAGAACAGAGAAGUGACGUGCUGCCUGGGGAGCUCCGCCAACUUCCGCAACAGCUGCCUCUUCCUACAGAGUGACCUCAGCAUCGCCCUGGACCCCCUGUACCCGUCGCGGUGUUCGUGGGAGACGUUUGGCUACGCUACAGGAGCAGGGCUGAACGGGGAGGUGGAAGGUCUGUCUCCCCUCAGUCUGUCCGGUCAACUCAACACCCUGGCCUGUUCUGUCACCUUCCACCAGGGGGAGUCGGUCAGCAUGGUCAAACUCAUAGAGCAGGCGCGUCACACGACCUACAGCAUCCGCAAGAGCUUCCUGUUCCUUUUGCAGUGUCAGCUGACCCUGGUCCUCAUCCAGUUUCUGGCCUGCCUAGCCCAACUCCCUCCUCCUAUGAACAUCACUGACAUCCUCUGGCUGUCCUGCUUCAGCUGUCCGCUGCUCAGUGUGUCAUUCUUAGGAAAGCCAGCAGACAGUACUGUGAUGAACGUGGCCACAGGGAAGAACCAAGAUGCCAUCCCCAGAAAGACGCAGACCUACUUCCUGGGUUGUUUCCUGUUGAAGUUUGGCCUGACCGUGUGUGCCUACCUUCUGGGCUUUGGCUUUACGCUGCACGAGGUCUGCCUGAGGACCAACAACCUAACAAUGGCAGAGAACACCACCAUCAACUGUAGUGAUAUCUUCAGUGUCAGUUCAGCUCGGGAUGCUCCCCAUUGGUUCAGAGAGCUGUCCAACGGCCUGCUGCUCACUCAGAAGGUCAUGGCUGGGUUCCUGGCCCUGCACACGGUGGUCAUCUCGCUAAGUUACGUCCAUCGCUCCCAGCCUCUGUGGAAGAAGAACCCCUUCAGCAACACCUGGUGGUGCCUCACUGUCCUUGUCGUCCUGUUCGGUCAGAUGGUGCAGGCCACGGUGGACUACAAGCUGUGGCAGGACAGGUCGGGAUCUUUGACCUUUGACCUGAAGGACAUCCCCAUGCUGGCCUGGCUGCUGGUCUCCCUGUCCUCCCUGGUGGUGGUGAUGCUCAACGAGGCCGUCAAACUACACGAGAUACGGGUUAGGGUUCGCUACCAGAAGAGGCAGAAGCUACAAUUUGAGACUAAACUAGGGAUGAACUCUCCCUUCUGAUUGAAAAUUAACAGAGGGGCAAUGCAUGCUGUGAACCAAUCAGCCCUCGGGGGGGAAAAGAUGAGGCACCAGAAUCUGGAGUAGGUCGAAGUUGGCCCUAACCGCUGACACGGGGUCAGAUGGUUUCUCAUCCCUCUGAUUCUAGAUCUGUGGUUGAGGGGAAACUUCUACCUCGAGCCCAGAAUCACACUCCUCCUCAGUGCCCAUCGACCUGAACCCAGGAGUACUCGACCCACCUCAGCCCGUUAGCACUGGCACCUAGCAGGUCCUCCAAACCGCUACACGUGCUGGGUGGUUUAUCACUGCGAUAAUCCAAUCUUUUUUAUUUUUUAGAUCCUGAUUUUAAAUUAUAUUGUAUCAUUGUUUGUAAAAAAAAAAAAAAAAAAAAAAAAGGAAAAUCCCAAAGAUUGUUCUUUCCUUUUUUGCUUUUAAAAGAAAGACAGACAAAAAAUGUGAAUAAUUGAUUGUAUAGUGAAUGUUUUUUAAGGCAUGGGGAAUCUUUUACUGUAGCCCCGACUUGAGUUUAGGGAAGGGGGAUUUUCUCCCAGUCACUGGUCUGAUACUGUCUCACAUAGGGAUUAUUACACGUCAGCAUGUCUCCCCCUUUCACAUGAAUCCCAAUACCAUAGUAGAGUACAAUUGCCUUCACCGUCAAUGUGAAUGUAGUCUCUGUCAUUACAGUCACUUGCUGCUAUAUGUCUGAAUGCCAUGCAGGGCUGAAAGGAAAGGAGAGAUGUAUCUAGUAACAUGCCUGAUCCGGGACAAUGUCCUGGCCCUAAUGCUGUCAAAUCAUUGGCGUUGAUAGACCUUAAAAGCCUGCUGUCAGGUGAUGUCUGGAGGACACUACGUAGGCCUAACCGUCUGUGGAUUCACGUCAACCUGUUUCGGAACGGUUCUGUUGACCAUACUAAGGAUUUCUUAACAAGGCUACUCUUUAUAACCCAGCCUUUUAGCCAGAUAAUGAACAUGGCAUGUUCUAAACCAGGAUCCAAGAGGAAUAUCCCUUAUGUGAUUUUUCUUCCUGACAAAUGUUUCCUUUGUUUCACCCACAUGCUCCGACUCCCAAGCCAAGGGCAAUCCUGCUGUAAUGCAAUAAGGAAUGAAGAUUAAUUUAAUUUACUAUAAACAAGUAAAACCGAAUUAGUCUCUUUCAUAGGUAAAUUGUAUUUGAAGAAUGUGCUAGCCUGACACUUUGAAACUCAUGUACUGUAAGAAAGGCUAAUUGUUUUAUAAUCAUCAAUCAUCCUAGACUGGUUUGAUCCCUGUGUACAUGCAUACAUCCUGGUUUUCCCACCAGAGUUCUACUGAGGGACUGUCGUCUGCUCAAGCUGACAAGGUUUUGUCAGUGGUGUUCUAGAUUAGAAUACCCUCGAGUUCUAGAGCAUCCAAGGGUAUUCUGAAGGUGCUUCAUAUCAUUCAGUGGCCUUCUUACUAGCCUGGGUGCUUGUUUCUGCAUUCGACAACAACAAUGCACAAGCUGACUUAGUCUGGGAUUCAAUCCGAUCACGCUUGUAGACAAUGCUGCUUUCAAAGGCAAUGUUACCGCAUUCAUGGAGAUCGCAGUUAAAGUAAAUGCUGCAGAUCUCGGCUCAAUUGGAAAUGACCUAUGUCAAGCGCUAAAGCACGGUUUCGGAUUGAAUCCCGGCCUAAAAGCAGAAUGACUGAGACCCACCAGGCUACCUGUCUGUGUUGGGUGAUCGUAUCAGUAGACCCAUUUGAACACUACAAAUGAUGACUAGCUACAGAUUGAUCAGCCACAGCUGUUCUGUUUUCGCUCUUUUUUUUUUGGGGGGGGGGGGAUCUUAUUUUACAGCAUGAUGUGUUGAUCUUCUUAUCCCUGAUUACGGCUUUACCUGCGUCCCAAAUGUACACUACUUCUGCCCAUGGCCCAUAGGGUUCUGGUCAAAGGUAGUGCACUAUAGAGAAUCGGGUGGCAUUUGGGACGCAGCUUGUCAUGAGUUGCAGUUGCCCAUCCUGCUUUUCCCGUUUUAUGUUUCUCUAUUCUGUGUAUUUGGCUGGUUGGUUCUGGAGUUUUACCCCGGUUGGGUCUGGAGUUUACCCCGGUUGGGUCUGGAGUUUACCCCGGUUGGGUCUGGAGUUUACCCCGGUUAGGUCUGGAGUUUUCCCCGGUUAGGUCUGGAGUUUUUUUUUACUGGUUGUAUCACGUGGUCAGAAAAACCUCCUGUGCCCCAGUCAAACUGUGUAGAAAUUGAUAUAUUUGAUCAUGCGUGCGCCACACCUCUCGACUUCUCACCACGUGCUCUGGUAUUGUUUAACCCUCUCUGUUUUUAAUGUGGGCUACAAUGGUCAUGUGUUAUGUUGACUAGGAGUCGGGGCCCAGGACCCAGGAUGACACAAAAACAUGGUGCCUACCUAAGAUGAACACCUCAGGAUCGGCCUCGCACACUUGUGCUCUUCAUAGGCUCCCUUUGGUUGGAAUGUACUUACUUUUUAAGUACACUAUUUCAUAGAAGAGUUCGUAGUUGCAUGGUCUGCUAGAUAUGUGUGUGAGGUAGAUAUAAUGUAAAAGCACUGAUCUAAUUAGAAUUCCUAGACACUGUUAUUGAAUGAACAACGUAGCUAGGGAAAGAGGGAAAAAAGACUGAAGAUGGUAAUUUUUAUACGGUACAGUAGAAUGCAUCCACACAUUGCACAUAAGCACAUUUCAAUCCAUGAUUUCUUUAUUUAAAAAAUUCCGAUUUUGUAUGUGUGUAUAUACAGUACCAGUCAAAAGUUUGGACACACCUACUCA